AUGACAGGACCUAACGGUGACCUAGACGUCCUCAUGGCGCCCAAGCUCCAAAAUAAGCUGGGCGAUAUGAUGGGCAAGGUCCCUGCAUGCUCGAACAAGCGAGAAGCAGCGUGUGGAAUCACCAAGUUCCUCGAGGACUUCAAAGCUGACAAUUCCGAUGUCAUCAAAGCCCUAAACGAUGCCGUUAAAGAAAUUCAAUUCCUUAGUCAGGACGUGCUCAAGGCUCUGGGUACUUCUGCCACCGCACAGGAGGCCCAGAUGGUUGCGACUGGAUUCGGUGGCAUCAGCUUGGUCUGGAUGGCUUUCCAUGUCUACGCAAAGAACCAUCUCCCACUCGCCUUUGGGAUCAAAGACCCGCCGAAUAACCACCUACCCACCACAGAGUCUCCUCCUGAGGAGCCCAAGAAGUGUCCGUCAGAUGCGCCGAAGGGAAAGGAUGCUCCACUCUGCAAGGACUGCAAGGGUGACAAUCAUGUUUGCCAGGAUGGUAAAUACAAAUAUUGUAAAUGUCUCGACGUAAUGAAGCCGGUCUUCUACCCGUACGACAAGGGGUGGUUCGACGACCAGGCCGAGGCAAUCAAGUACGCGCUUGCGCAUGUGGACGACAAGCCUAAAGUGACCUGCUCCGACACUGGGUACGACAAGGCUGUCGCUGUCGAUGUUUCUUUCCUCAACAGCCUGUCCGAUAAAUUCUGCAAAGGCGACUCGAAGAAGGAGCGCCACAUGACGCUUGCCGGUAACGACAUUUCAUCCGAUGCGUAUAAGAAAUACACAUUUGACUUUUCAUACACCCCACCUAAGGACGUGAACGAGAAGUGUGAUACGGAUUGUCCGGGGGCCAUCAAAGCCAUGGCGGCUGGCUGCGAGGGACUGGACAGCCAUAGCGUGCAGAGAGGAGCAAACGUGACUCUUCCAUGCGGCGCGGAGUAUAGCUACAAGAUCAACAUCCCUGACCACCCAGACCAAGCGGACAUUACUUGUGCCAAUAAAGGAGACUACAGCAAGGCUAUCGAUGUCGACGUCUCCUUCUUCAAACGCAUGUCCGAGAAUUUCUGUGGCAGGGACCUCACCAAAAACCCUAAGCAGGACCUGACCAGCGCCGACAUCAAAUCCACUGCCUACAAAGGUUAUACUUUCCACUUUGAAACUGAUGGGAGAACUGAUUGCCUGCCCGACUGCAAGGCUACUUUCGAGAAGAUUGCUCCAAAGUGCCAAGGUCUCAACAGCCACUCAAUCCAGCCAUCUGGGGAUGCCAAGUUUGCCUGCGGUACCAGCUUCAGCUACAAGAUCGAGAAGUCUGACCAGAACCCACCGACAUCGACACCAGGAGACAAGCUCGGCUCGGUCAAAUGCCAUGGCGCCGACGACUUCGGCCAGCACGCGGACAUCUCCCCCGACUGGCAGAACUCGUAUACCGGGUGGGCGUGUGCGGGCACUGCUCUUCCUGAUAAAAUGAUGGACGAAAAGAGCGAUCCCAUUGUGUGGCAGACGAAAACAAAUGAUGCCCCAUACUAUUACUCGAUCUCAUGGGUCAAUGGUUGCAGGGGGUCAAAGCAGAGCCCUUGGGCCCCGUUGGGAGAUCAGAAGUUCCCGGAUAGCAGUGACCAAAUUACCUGUCAGAGGAUGCUGAGGAAGGAUUUCACAGAUUGCAACAAUGGGGGUGUUGGUGGAUAUAGGGAUGCCGGGUGUUUGCGGUAUGAGUUCAAGGCACAGUAUACCAAGUAA